GCGCCAUCUGAGUUACUACUACCGUAGUCUUUCCGGUUCACCACAAGUUGACACUACUACGAUCUUUUCAUAACGUGCUCUAUCAAGAUGCAGAAGAAACCAAAGCAACAAAUCCAGUCCGUGCAGGUCUUCGGACGAAAAAAAAGCGCCACAGCGGUCGCUUAUUGCAAACGUGGCCGUGGAUGUAUGAGAGUGAAUGGCCGUCCUCUCGAGCUGGUCGAACCCAGAAUCUUGCAGUACAAACUGCAAGAACCAAUCCUGCUGCUUGGCAAGGAAAAAUUCUCAGAAGUUGACAUCAGAGUUAGAGUAAAUGGCGGUGGACGCGUUGCACAGAUCUAUGCCAUCAGACAAGCGAUUUCUAAAGCUUUAGUAGCCUAUUACCAGAAAUAUGUUGACGAAGCAAGUAAGAAGGAAAUAAAAGACAUUCUUAUUCAGUAUGAUAGGACACUUCUGGUAGCUGAUCCUAGAAGGUGUGAGCCCAAGAAGUUUGGUGGUCCCGGCGCCCGUGCUCGCUACCAAAAAUCCUAUCGUUGAAAACAAUAUAUCUACUCUAUUUUUAAUUUUAUUGAAUAAAAAAAAUUUCAAAAUUCAAAA